AUGGUGAUCACUGUGCUCGAACAGAAAGGGGGGCAUUGGUUAUCCCCUAGUAGAAUGCUGAAAUACCAAGUGGUGGUGUUGCUGGAGCAAGAUGAUGUUUACUUAAAAACUACUACUAUCGUUAACCCUGCUGUGUUUUUAACAACUGAUCAAGUUGAAGGAGAAUUGGAACAUGACUGCCUGCAGACAAUUGAAGAAGUCUACUCCAGCCGACCGGAUCUCCAAGAUGCACCACCGGAAGAAACAGAUUGGGAACUAUAUACCGACGGAAGCAGUUUCAUCCGUGAAGGAAAACGUUUAUCAGGAUAUGCGGUAACCACUACUGAGAAGGUAAUUGAAUCGCGAGCUUUGCCUUCCAAUGUAUCUGCCCAAAAGGCUGAAUUGAUAGCUCUUGCUCGAGCACUGGAACUAAGUCAAGGAAAGCGAGUCAACAUUUGGACAGACUCAAAGUAUGCUUUUGGAGUAGUACAUGCACAUGGAGCAAUAUGGAAAGAAGAGGACUGUUAUCUUGCACAAGGAACCACCAUUCAAGCAUGCAGAACAAAUACUGAAUUGUCAGAAGCCAUUCAAAGCCAAACAGCAGUCGCGAUAAUGCACUGUAAAGCACAUCAGUGA